AUGGCCGAAAUAGACUAUACCAGAAGAAACAAGUACGCGAGACCACUUUCCGAGGCCGAGAAGGAGCGUUUAGAUGAAUUUAUUGAUGCAAUUCAUUAUUCCGCAAGAUACUCCGACGAUCAAUACGAGUACCGACAUGUUCAACUACCAAAAGCUAUGCUGAAAGUUAUCCCAAAGGAAUACCAUGAUCCCCAAACUGGUACCUUGAAGCUAUUGUGGGAGGAAGAAUGGAGAGCAUUGGGAAUAACACAGAGUCUUGGUUGGGAACAUUAUGAGGUACAUGAGCCGGAACCACAUAUUCUGCUCUUCAAGAGAUCAAUUAAUUAUCAACCACCCACUCAACAACAGUAA